CCGGAGCCGAGCCCCCAAGGGCCCCUCUCCCACCCCCAGCCCAGCCGCUGGCCAGCACCGCAGCCCCGGUGGGCCGCCACCCGCCAGCCUGUCUCCCUCCAGCGCAGCCCUGCCAGAGCCCCCCCGACCAUGAAUCUCUUCCGAUUCCUGGGGGACCUCUCCCACCUCUUGGCCAUCAUCUUGCUACUGCUCAAAAUCUGGAAGUCCCGCUCCUGUGCCGGAAUUUCUGGGAAGAGCCAGGUCCUGUUUGCUGUGGUGUUCACUGCCCGCUACCUGGACCUCUUCACCAACUAUAUCUCCCUCUACAACACUUGCAUGAAGGUGGUCUACAUUGCCUGCUCCUUCACCACAGUCUGGAUGAUUUACAGCAAGUUCAAAGCCACUUAUGAUGGGAACCACGACACGUUCCGGGUGGAGUUUCUUGUCAUCCCCACAGCCAUUCUGGCAUUCCUGGUCAACCAUGACUUCACCCCUCUAGAGAUCCUCUGGACCUUCUCCAUCUACCUGGAGUCGGUGGCCAUCCUGCCGCAGCUGUUCAUGGUGAGCAAGACGGGCGAGGCAGAGACCAUCACCAGCCACUAUCUGUUCGCCCUGGGUGUCUACCGCACAUUCUAUCUCUUCAAUUGGAUCUGGCGCUACCACUUCGAGGGCUUCUUCGACCUCAUCGCCAUCGUGGCGGGCCUGGUCCAGACGGUCCUUUACUGCGAUUUCUUCUACCUCUACAUCACCAAAGUCCUAAAGGGGAAGAAGCUGAGUUUGCCAGCAUAGCCCUGGGCCCCUCGACCCCUCUCCUCGGCAGCGGCGGCGGCAAGAGGCACAGGAAGGUGAUGGGAGACUCGGAGCCUCCUGCCCACCCAGGGGUGACUUUUUAAAGAACGAAUCUCUCCCCGCUUCCCAUCCCCCUCCUGCCAGGUUUUGGGGGUCAGUGAAGGACCCAAGUCUUGGAGAAGCUCAGGACCUGGGCUGUUUGUAAUUCUUUGUCUUUUAGAGAAAAAAACAAAAUCUUUUCACUAUUUAGUUUUUGAUUCUGAUGACUUCUCUCUUCUACUCUCUGGCCCCCUGAUUUUUAUAAACA